GACACCAACGACGCUGUCCUCUUUCGCCUAAUCCACAACACAUCAAUGCAUGGGACCGGACGCAAGUGGACAGUCCAACUGCCCGACGGCACGGAUUACAAAUCGGUUGGAUCCUCCGACUCCUCGAAAAGCUAUUCGUGGAAAUCAGGUAUCGACUUGAAUAUCGAAAACCUAGCGGGGGACGGCAAACCGAUCACGCUCAAAAUACGCCAGCCGAAAGGCCAUUUGGAUCCAAGCUAUCAUGUCCUGGUAGAUGGACAGCUCGUUGCAAGAGUCACGAAGGAAAAGCCUGGAUCCCGGUCCAUUUUUCCGAGCUGGGAGGUCGAGAUUGCCAAAGGAUUCGAUUUGGCUUUGGUAUGGAUUUGUCAUAGGCAGGAUACUGGCCUGGCACCCAUUGACCAGGCUUUCUGGGGGUGGAAUUCCGAAUUCAGCUGA